AUGGCGUUCGCCGAGCUCCUGGACCAAGCAGGGGGCGUGGGCCUCUUCCAGGCCCUGCAGGUUUUCACUCUCUUCCUUCCCUCCGUCUUGGUGCCUUCCCACAUGCUCAUUGAGAACUUCUCGGCCGCCGUGCCCAGCCACCGCUGCUGGGUGCCCCUCCUGGACAACAGCACCGCCCAGGCCGGUGUCCCCGGGGCCCUGGGCCCCAAGGACCUCCUGACCGUCUCCAUCCCCCCGGGCCCCAACAAUGAGCCCCAUCCGUGUCGCCGCUUCCGCCAACCCCAGUGGCAGCUCCUGGACCCCAACGGCACGGCCACCAACUGGAGCGAGGCCGCCACGGAGCCGUGCGUGGACGGCUGGGUCUACGACCGCAGCACCUUCACCUCCACCUUCGUGUCAGAGUGGGACCUAGUGUGUGACCACAAGGGCCUGAAGCCCAUCGGCCAAUCCCUGUACAUGACCGGGAUGCUGAUAGGGUCCUUCUCCUGGGGCCUCCUCUCCAACCGGUUUGGGCGGAAGUGGAUACUGAACUUGUGUUGUCUACAAGUGGCUUUGGCCAACAUCGGCGUGAUCUUCGUUUCCCAUUUCUUCGUCUACUGUGGCCUCCGGGUUCUGAGCGCCAUUGCAAUAUCCGGCAUCAUCAUGACCUCGGGGAUGCUUCUGGUGGAGUGGACCACGACCCGCAGGAGGGCUGUCACCAUGACAAUCCUGGGAUGCUUCUAUAGCCUGGGCCAGAUGGCCCUGGGGGCCCUGGCCUUCACCCUGCGGGACUGGCGCACCCUCCAGGUGGCCGUGUCGACGCCCUUCUUUGCCAUCUUCCUGAUAUGCUGGUGGCUUCCAGAGUCUGCCCGAUGGCUCAUUAUCAUGGGCAAACCAGAGCAAGGGCUGCAGGAGCUCCACAAGGUGGCCAAGAUAAAUGGCCACAAGGAAGCCACAAAGUCACUAACCAUAGAGGUGCUGAUGUCCAGCAUGGAGGAAGAGAUGACCUCUGCGAAGGGCCGCAGGUCGGUGCUGGAACUGUUUCUCGUGCCCACGCUCCGCUGGCGUACCUGCAUCAUGUCCCUGGUGUGCUUCUCCCAAGUCACAUCCUACUACGGGCUGGUCCUUGACCUGCAAAACCUGGGGAAUGACAUCUUCCUCCUCCAGGUUCUCUUUGGAGCCGUGGACCUACUGGCCCGGUCCAUCACCGCCUUCUUGCUCAGUUUCUUGGGCCGCCGCACAACCUUGGCCAGCUUCCAGGCUGUGGCUGGCCUCUCCAUACUGGCCAACAAACUGGUCCCACAAGAUUGGCAGACCCUGCGCACGGUCUUUGCUGUGCUGGGAAAGGGAUGUUUUGGCAUCAUCUUUUCCUGUGUCUCCAUCUACAAGCCUGAACUCUACCCGACUUCACUGCGGAUGACAGCAGAUGGCUUCCUGCAGUCGGUAGGUCGUCUGGGGUCUGUGAUAGACCCCCUGAUCAGGAUGACUCAGCACAGCCUGCCCCUGCUGGUCCCCGUGGUCUACAGCGCUCUCCCCAUCACCUCUUGCCUCGUUCUGCUCUUCCUCCCGGAGACCCAGGGAUUUCCACUUCCCGACACCAUCCAGGACCUGGAGAACCAGAAAUCAGCAGCGGCCAAGGGCAACCGGCGAGAGGUGGUCGUUACCGAAAGUACCUCGUUCUAGAAAUUCUGCCCGCGUGGAGCCCCUUUGGCCAAAGAUCCCCACGGAGGGAACCGCCUCCUCUCCAACUGAGCGUGGAAGAAAUCGGAAGAACCUUGAGAGUUAGGCGGGGCCGGGGCUGGGCGGCUGGGCGCUGAGGCCGAAGGCUGCUUUCUCCCCUCACCUCUGUUCUCCCCCCACCUCAGCCCUGCAGAGCCAAGUCCGGCUGGCUGAUCGAGUCCACACCACUAACAAGACGGGUCCUUUCUCCUCCCCGUCAGGCUCCCGUCUCCACACCUUCACUCAGAACUCCUGACACUUCACUGACCCGGGCACCACAGUUUUCUCACCUCCAGGCUACCAGAGUGGAUCACAGGGCAGAAAGGGAAGGGUCUAGACAGACCUAGGUUCCAAUCUCUCCCCCAUCCUCUGCAGAGUCCUCAUCUGUAAAAUGGAAACAAUCAUGAAACCUUCCUCCACGGGGCAGGGGGUCGUGGGGACAGGUUAACAGAUCUUAGCACGGCUGAGAGUCCAACAAAUAGCACCUGCUAACGGGGCUGCCGGGUACCGGUGUUCAGGUUGUGCACUGCCCAAGACACCAGCUAAGGAGGCACGUGGGGGCUGAAAUCCAGCCCGGGCUCCGCCGGCGCAGAAAGGAGUUGUUUUCAUCCCCUCUUACUUCUCCGUUGGGGAGGAAGGGCUUUUCACCCAUGGUUAUGGGGAUGGCCUAACAUUGGACGGCUCAGGCCAGCAGCGUUCAUUGCUCACAGGUGUUCACGGCUCAGGGCGAGUGGCUCCAUGCAGCACUCAGGGCGCGUGGGGCUGCACGCAGGAACAGCGUGAACCACCAGGGGCUGUGGGAGGAAGGCUUUGCAGCACCAAGAAGGCAGAGUGACCCCUGGUUCCCGGGGGAGGAUGUGAUCGGCUUGUCUGAGGAAUCCCACCCAUUGACAGGGCACUGAUGCUUUUGCCACGGGACCCUAUCCGCGGGAGCAGGAGGGGCGGGACUUGGAGUUCGGCCACUCGAGACCCUCCUGGAUUCCCUACCUGUCAAGGCGGCCCAUAACAUCAGGCUUUAAUCUGAGCCCUUACACCACAAGGGCACCCCUUGGUUGUCUGUCUAUCUCAGUGGGUCGCCUUCGCCUAAUUCACAUAAAGACCCUCCCUGUGGGGGCAGCAGCCCGUGCCGCUAAAACUGUGGGAUCACUGAGGCCGACCCCCUGGUUUAGAGGUGAGGAAACUAAAGCUCAGAGAGGUGGAGUGACCAGCUCGGAGUCCCACAGCCGAUCCCUGGCCCGGCUCCCAGUCCAGGGCUCUUGCCCGCACCCCGGGCUCCUCACCCCCCACCUCCAGCCGUCCAGGUCUGACAUCAGCAGCCCUGUCACAUCGUUACUCCCACACCCUUCCCUGGAGAUCCAGACCCUCUAGACAACUGCCCACUCCUCGGGCGACCCAGGGAAACCUCAGGCCGUGGAUUCCCCACCCCGGGCAUCCCCACAGCCCUCUGUCACAUCCGACUCCCACCAGGCUAAUCAAACACCAUUCAAAUCAUGCUGCCCGUCUGCUUAAAGUCCUCUGGUGUCUCAUCAUAAAGAUCACACUUCCCCCGCCCACAGGCUCCUACGGGUCCCUAGCCUUGCUUCGCAUGUAAUAAAUUUUUAAACAUUCAAA